GCCGGGCCGCGCUGGGGGCGGGAAGGGCGACGCGCUGCCGUCAAGCGGCGCUGCCGCAAAAGGGCCGUUUGCGGCGGGCGGGGCCGUGAGGCGAGCGGCGGCGGCAGGUUUGGCAUCUGCAAAUUGCAGGUUUCCUCAGGGACAGCGGUGCUGGUAAUGGCCAGGUGAUGGGCAGAGCUGUGGACCAGAGAAGCCAGAGGCAAAACAUAAUAAAGCAGUGAAGAGAAACUGAAAGAAGGAAGCACUGCAUAUGUUAAAGAUCAGAAAACUGUUUCUGAAGUAUUUGGACAAAAAAAGUAUAUAAGAAGUAAAAUCUAAAGAGGCCUUUUGUGGAUGUAGCCGUAGAGAAAGAACAAAGAGGACGAAGGCAGCUUUAUUUCUCUUUGUUGUUUUAAUAGGUUAGAAGCGUGUGGGAAGCAUGGGUUAUGACAUCGAGCGGUUUGUUGGCUACGUUAACGAAGGGCUCUUAUGCUCCAUCUGCCGUGAUGUGUUAGAGGAUCCGCUGCAGGCUCCUUGUGAACACGCUUUCUGUACUGCCUGCAUCCACGGGUGGCUCGUUCAUCACAGUAACUGCCCUGAAGACAGACAAGCGAUUGAUGUGUCUGUGCUACGACCUCUGUACAGAUAUAUGAAAAAUGAUUUAAAUCGUCUUCAGCUGCAUUGCAAAAACAGAGAGUAUGGCUGUGAAAUGGUUUGUUCUCUAGAGUCCAUCGACCGGCACGAAAGGGAGUGUGAAUACAGCCAGAUACCCUGCUCCAAUGCUGGCUGCACCAUUCAGGUUGAGCGGCGCAACCUUGAUGUUCACCUGGCAGUGUGUGAAUAUCGGAGCCGCGAGUGCCCCAACGGCUGUGGUUACACCAUUCUCAGCGCAGAAGACACGCAGCAUAACUGUGUAGCCGAGCUAAGAACUGAGCUAGAGCUACUUCGGUCAGAAAUGAUCUGCAGAGUGGAGGAGGCAAAGCAUGAGAUGGAGUCAAGGUUAGAUUCACAGAGGAGGCACAUGGUCCAGAAAGAGAGCAUUCUGCAGAAUGAAAUCGAAGAACUGAAGAGUCAGAUGUCCCGGAUGAUGUCAGAUGUCCGUUCCCUGAUGGCUGCAGAGAGGCAGCAUCGCCAGGAGCUGGAGCAAGCAGAGCUGGAAAAACGGGAGUUAAUGGAGCUGCUGAGGGGGCUGCAGAAGGACUGUCGGUUAAGCACCACAGAGGGAAGCAGGAAGCCAACAGCCUUCCGCCCACUGACACGACUAGAGAGUGCAAAAAGGAAACCCAGGGAAGUGACAGUUAUCUAAACAGAAGUAAGCUCAAGAAGCAUUUUGUUUUUCCUAAUUUCUGUGACCAUCUGACAGGUUUUUUUUAAUUCUCCGUGAAUGAUUGGUGAACUUCAUAUCAUUUCUGAUUUGUUUGCUUUCUUUUUAAGCCUGGAUUACAGUUUUCUGUCCUCUUGGGCCAUAAAAAUGGGAGAGUUUUCUCUUACAGAACACUGGGUAUUAAACCUGGUAAUCUUCACAGAUGUUUGUAGCUCACGUUUUCCUAAAAAAGGAGGGAAGAAAACUUGAUUUCUGUCUCUUCAGUGUGUCAUUUACAGAACUCUUUGUACCAUGAAAACUGGAAUCUUUUAAAGUCAAGGAUACUUAAAGGUCUUUUCUUCUCUGGUCUAUUAGAGUCCGUUUCAGUCCAGUUUAUGCUUAUACUUGAAACAGGGGGGGGGGAAAAUGUGAUUUAUCUGUAAUGACAUUUGGGAUGUACUUAAUUUGGGGGAAAGUCAGCAACAGAAAUUAAUAGACUUUGUAUCAUCUGUAGGAGGUACAUCUCCGAGGUGAAAAGAAAGCACUUUAAAUUCUAAAUCUACUGCUGUGUAACAGCUUCAGGUGAGCUUGACUUACUUCCAAGCUUCUCUUACCUUCCCAGGCUGAUACAGACUGCAGGGCUAUGUACCAGACCCAAGGUAAUCGUGUUACCUAAAACCUGUUACAUAGAUCUGUGUGCGACAUGGAGGUUGGGGGAGGGGCUCUUGCAUUUUAUUUAAUAACUUGAGCUUUUCUAUGUGAAAGUAUUAGCUUUCUACAGGGUCCUUGAAGCCUAAAUUCAGCUUAUUCAGCACUCGAUAUUUUUUAAAAAACAUAUAAAUGCUUUGAGAGUGGUGGUCUUAACCUGCUGGGCAGCUGAACGCCACCACAACCACUGACUUCCCUCCUCAAAAGAAGGGGGGGAGAAGGAAGUAGGAAUCAAAGAAAAAGGCUCACAUGUUGAGAUGAGGAUGAUUUAAUUAAAGGGGAAAGAAAGUGGGGAAAAAAAACAAGCUUCCUUCUGCUUCCUUCCCCUUUCCCAGCUCUUAUUGCUGAGCGUGACACCACGUGGCAGGGAUGUCCCUGCCCCACCUCUCGCCCUCCUGGUUUGGGGGUGCUGGAGGGAGCCUGGGGGCGGUGUCAGCGCUGUAGUGGGGUUUUUCUCCCUCCAAGUGCAGAGCUUUGAGUAGCUCAGGUUUUCUUUUGGCACGUUUAAGGCUAUUUGAGCAUUAAUGUCCACAGCAGAGGAACGUUUGCAUGGGGGCUUGGACUUCGAAUGUCUUAGUUCUCGAGUCGCAGCCAUGGCAGAGCUGGGAUUUUGCAGCAGACUGACAAAUACUGGACUGAGGGGAUGUAUCCCUGUAAGGACUGGGGUAUGAGUGAGAAACCUGUACAGCUCGAAGACUUUUCUCUAAACUUCUCACAAAGCCUGUUGGCAUUGUUUUCAGACCUAUAACUAAGCCAUAUUCUGCCCUCUGGUGCAGCUCUUCAGUGGAAUAGCUGGGGGAGAGCCUGGCCUCCUGUUCACUGAAUGUGCUAAAUCAGUUUUUGACCUUUCAGGAAAGACGUGUGCAGGUGCAACAGUCUUAAUAAACCAAUUCUCUAGCUUAGAAAGCAAAUAGGAUACUGUGCGUGCUUUGCUGUCACUCAGAGCAAAGCUUUUGUGGCUAACACCGUAACCAAAGAGAGAGACAGCAGCCUUCUUCAGCACAUACACUACAUGAGAAAAACUUGUGGCCAGCGUUCUCCUCAUUUCAGGCAUUAAUAAAUCCUUGUAACCUGGUCCUUCAGUGACACUGAAACAAAUGCACAUGUUCAGUUCUUGUAUGCUGAAAAUCUAACACGAAUAACUCUCCUGUAAAACCUCUUUCUUUUUUCUGACCGAAAACAGUCACAGGAAGAGCUAUGACCAAAUGUUGAUUUGGUUUUCACUUCACACUGUGUGUAUUCCAGAUUAAACUCCACUCACUGACAGCGCUGAGGUCGUUCUAGCUGCCUCUUCCAAGUCCUGACAUAACACAUCUCUUCAGCAGCUGUAUGUAAUGAGGUGGGACAGGGAAACAGUCGCUGUGAUUUGGGGAUGAUCCCCUUCCCUCCCACCAAGCAUCCAGUGGUCAUUCCACGUCCGUCGGUGUGAGUACUAAAGCUGUAGGUAGAAACUUAGAAAGCUGUGGUCAUCUCGUGUUUUCCGUGAUUUUUGUGACCGUUUUGGCUUUCACACUGAUUUUUUUUGAAGCUUCUUAGCCUCACCAGAUCUCGUGCUAGUAGAAUCAGGAUGUUUUUCUGUGUUCUAUAACCGUGUGAUUCUGUGAUGUGAUUUUAAUCUACCUUGCUUAAUGUGAAAGAAGAAAAUUCCUUCAAAAUCCUACGGAACUCAGAUGAGCUGGAGCAUCCGUCCCAAAGUGGAGGGCAGGAACGAUCACCCCAUCCUUUCCAUUCUGACCAGGGAAAAAAGCAAGUCAUUAGCCCUGUGCUUUUUUUAUAACAGGAUUUCUGUUUGUUUUGAAGGAUUUCACUCACUGAUUUCAUGACUGAAUUCUUUCUGGUGUAGGAAGUAGGGUUUAUUUAGUAUUUACUUAGCAUUCGGUCUGCUCUCUGUCCCUUAAUUGACACAGGUGGAGGGAGCUGUGUGAGGAAGCACGCCCUGGGUGGUGCAAUCCCUGCAGCUUCCAUUUGCCAGCUCUGGAGAGCAUUACACGGCAUUAGAAAAAAAAAUGAGACUAAGUCCUUGUCCACAAGUGAGUACUAAAUGCAGUAGUACCAAACCUGCAACGUCCUCAAACAGAAGGCACAGAGAGCCCAGUGGUAAGUAAAGUACCAGAGGUUACAAUGAGUUGAGCAAAUCCUUACCCUACAUUAAAUUAAAUGAAAAAUACUAAGAAUGAAUUUAAAGAAACUAACACUAAAGUGAGUGAUAAGUUCAUAUUUGAAAGAAAACCAACAUUUACAUAUUUAUUCUGAAGAGGCCAGUUAAAAAUACCUUUAAAUUAGUUCCCUUAAAUUAACUUCUCAACUUGAGAGGUCAAAUUCAAAAUACUGCUCUCUCUGCUUUCUUUAGCGUUAAAGCUACCUUCCCUGUUUUCUUGCUGUCUUUCCAAAGCAAAAAUUUGUCAGAAGCCUCAGCCAGUGUGGACCUGUGCUGCUCAGAUUAUUUGGAAAGGGGAUGAUGAGUUGGGAGCCCUUCUAGUAGGGUUAGCUGAGAUUUGAUGAGACUUAAAAUUGAGGCCUCCCCUGCAUCUGAGUCAGCUGCAAGACAGAAUUUCACCAGCCUUGCUCAUUAAGAUGACCAUUUUUAGUUCGUAUUGAAUUAACAGUCCUGGGUGAGGUUAAUUUAACAGCACAGAAUGGGUGAGGUUGGCAGGACCAACAAGUUGACCAACCAAAACAUUGACCUCAGGAGGCCAAGAGCAGGUUGCCCAGCACCAUGUCCACCUGGCACAUACCUACACAAGAGUUUGUCAGGGCAGGAGGGAAGGGAAUUAUAUAUCCAAGCAAAAAAAAUAAUACAGUGAUCUCUUUUGACCAGAAAAAUGUGGUUUUUUUAUCUCAACUGUUAAGUGUUUUUAGGAAAACGUAAUGCAUUAAUAGCCCCUAGUCUAACAAAUUAAAUUUUCCAGACUGCUGCCCUCUCGGAUGGUUCUGGCAUGGUGCUUUUCUACAGCUGUUUUCCUUCCAAGUGCUGGGUAGUAUUUCAGAGGAGCAGUACCAGCCUUUCCUUUCUCGCGUACUGCUGAGCGGAAGAGGUAGGGUAGGUCAGGGAGAUGUUACAGGGUUGAGAGAUGCCUUGACAGAGACCUACACUUCUAUGCAACUUUGUACUAACAAAUAACCACUGACUCGUCUUCCAGCAUUAUGGUUCACUGCCAGCCUAGCUACGUUUUCUACCUUUCUAUAUACCUGGAUAAAGCAGUGCUUAACAGACCUUGAUCUGUACAAGAAGCAGUAUUUGUAUCACUUUGAAGUACACUUUGUAUAAAAGUUGAACUAAUAAAGGAUUAUACUGUAAUUAA